AUGGGUAAUACACUGCCAUGUAUGCCGAAGAAGGGCGCGAGAGGCGCUGCUAGAUCCGCAAGCAAGAGGAACUCCAGGUCUGGGAGGAACACAACGUCGGAGGAAGAGAUGCUUCACAGGCAAGCCCUGUCCAUGGUGUUACAGCAACACCAGCUUUCCCAGCGAUUUGACGGUUCCAUGUCGAGGAGGAUCGGAUCUACGAGCUCUCGGAGGAAGAAUCUAUCUGAAAACUUCUCCAAUGGAAGGCAGGUCAGUUUUGAAUGACCAUCCAUGCUCCGUUACGUUCGUGAUAUUCAAUCGCCGCUCCAUGAUAUUUGCUUCAAUUUUUUUCAUCGGAUAGGUAAUCCGGAUUCCUUUUCCUCUCGUCCCAAAUGAAUCUACGAUGAUCCCUCCUACCGUCUGUGUUCUAGUCAGAUUUGGUACUGCAAGAUCACGUCCUUCUUCCUCCCCUAAUUAUGAAACUAGAGUUCAGAACCCUCCCUGGCUUCCUCAGGAGAAUAUAGAUCACUGUUCAUCUGUUAAUUACUCUUUCAUGAAAAAAAAAUCCCCAGCUGUCGAAUGGAUCGGUAGGCCAGUUGCUCUUUUCAGGUUUUACAUCUUGGGAAUUGUUUCCUCUUAUCCUUCUCUUUGCUAAUCCGUGAUCUGCCUAUCUGCGAAAGUUGUGCCCUUGGGCUUGUCAUGGAGUGCCCCAAACUCUGCCCGUGGGAAUGUGAAAUUCGUGUUGUGAGGACUUUUUCUGGUAUAUAUAUUUUUGUCACUUCUUCACUGUUCGGGUUCAGAGGGCGUCAGAUAAGAUAAAUUAUGAGGGAAAAUUUUCCCGAACGAUUGGCCAUAAUUUUUUUGGCUGAUCAGUGGAGAUGCCCUCCCGUUUCUUGAGCCAUAACCUGAAAGUUAUCAGCUUGAAUCAGUGAUGUUGGAGGUGACAAGAUCUAAAGCAGUUGUGUUAUUUAGAUAAGCUACAUCUACUGUGGCGUGAUUACCAAGUUGUGUAUUUUUUAUGAAACGAAGGUUGCAAAAAAUAUAAUCGUUAUUUUAUUGAAAUAAUUUUUAAAAAUCUCUAGAUGGACAAAAUUAAAUAUGUAGUUCACAUAAAGUUAAAGUGAAGAAACAAAUGAUAUGAUGAAUAAGGGUAAAGUUAAUGAUCUGAAAAGUUGAAACAGCAUGCAAAGCUGAGGCUUACCGGACAGUUUGAAGACAAACAAAAUCCCAUGGGAAAAUAUCAUCUCCAUCUGAGAAUAAGAACCUGUAGGUGGUUUGAAUGGGAUGCUGUUCAAUUGGCCUUGGUCUUAAGGCUCUUUAGCUUUAAGAAAGAUUAGUUAUCUUUUAUGCUUUUUUUUUUUCAAGAAAAAAACAUUGGUAUUGAUUAGUUUAAGUGAUCCUAUAGUCUAACAGCUCCGGGGAAAUUAUAACUAAUAUCUAGCAUCUGACCAUUUUCAGUUUGUAUGGUGUGUCAUGCGUUAGGUGGUUGGUCGUCAGCUUCUGAAUCUAAAUUUUCGGUGUCUUUUCUUGGACUUAAUUUGAAAUUAUUCAGGUGGCAGAGUUCAUUGGGAACAUUGAAAUCAAGAAGUUCGUUCUUGUUCAUGGAGAAGGAUUUGGAGCGUGGUGCUGGUACAAGUCCAUUUCUUUAUUGGAGGAAUCAGGGUUACAGCCUAUUGCCUUGGACCUCACAGGUUCUGGUAUAGAUCACACAGACACAAAUGGCGUAGCAACAAUGGCCGAGUAUGCGAAGCCAUUACUGGAUUACCUACAGAGUCUUCCGGAGGACGAAAAGGUGAACAGAAGAGAGAUCAGAGAGUGAUUAGGGUUUCCGUGACCCAUUUACAGAGGUCCUUGAUCUUCUUUUUAUAAUAUCUCUGUUCAUGAUAAUCGAUGCCAGCGCAGGUUAUACUGGUUGGCCACAGCUGCGGGGGCGCCAGCAUAUCUUAUGCGCUAGAAUAUUAUCCUAAGAAGAUUUCCAAAGCAGUAUUUCUCUCUGCAACGAUGGUAUCUAAUGGUCAAAGACCCUUUGACGUAUUUUCUGGAGAGGUAGCAACCAAUGUAAUUAUUUUAUUUAUUUAUUUAUUUAUUUAUGGUGAGAAAUAGUUACAGGUUUUAUAAUGGAUGAAACCCAAGUAUAUCUGUGAUAAUUGGUGGGUCCCGUUCUUCUCAUCACAUCACGGCGUGCCUUCAUAUCCCUUAACCAAACAAGCUUUUCUCUCCCCCUUCUCCCAAAAAAUGGGAGAUGCUUUUUUUUUUGUUUGUUUUUUGGGUUCUUCUGAUCGAGGAUGAGAGAAGUUGGUAAUCAUAACGUAGGAAUCCAAGUCCUGUUUAUCUUGCCUUUGUCUUCCUAGGCUUUCUGAUAUCUGGACAAUAUUCUACAGCUUGCAUCUGCUGAAGUCUUCAUGCAAGAAUCUCAACUUCUCUCGUACGGUAAUGGCAAAGACAGAUCGCCCACAGCAUUUGUUUUUGAUAAACAGUACAUCAAGGGCCUCUAUUUCAACAACUCUCCUCCUAAGGUGCGUCCAAAGAACACGGCAUUCCAUUUCAAUGUAUGCCUGUUCUUCACCCCUAAAAAUAGCAUUCCUUCCUCGUUUGGACCAACUGCCAACCUUUACUUGUCCCAAUGUUUGACUUUUUGCUGUAUGCCUACCCACUUGAUUAAUAGAAAUUCUAUCUGCAUGGAUUAAGAACACUUUGGAUUUGUUCUGUUUGAAUGAAACCUUUCGGGAAAAAAAAAAACAGGUCUUAAACGAGUAAAAACCCAGAAUGGGGACAGAUAAGCCUGCAAUCAGUAACUCAACCUUCCAUUUCAAUGUAUAAAAUGACAUUACUUGUUUGACUUUGGAUUUCUUCUGAUUGAAUGAAACCUUUGGAAAUAAAUAAAUAAAUAAAUAAAUCUCGUCAAGUGGGAUCCGACAGGUCCUACAUGUUAUUAAAAAUACUACACAAGAUGAAAAUUACAGCAUCCAGUUAUUAUUUCUUAGAAUGUGAUGCAUUUCAACUGUUCUGAGCUCUGAUGCUUUCUUCUAACCCGUGCUGUUGACACAGGACAUUGCUUUGGCCGCCGUAUCGAUGAGGCCAAUCCCGUUGAAACCCAUCAUGGAGAAGCUUUCCCUCACGCCAGAGAAGUACGGGGCCGUCAAGAGGUACUUCGUCCAGACGCUCGAUGACCACAUGCUCUCUCCCGACAUUCAGGAGAAGCUCGUCCGGGAGAACCCGCCCCACGGAGUGUACAAGAUCAAGGGCAGCGACCACUGCCCCUUCUUCUCCAAACCCCAGUCGUUGCACAAGAUCUUGCUCGAGAUCGCCCAGCUGCCCUAA